AUGGAUGGUUGCACAAACCACAACGCACCGGCAUGUAAUGUCAUCGACACCUUCGUGGACCAAUGGAUCACGACCAAGCAGCGGAUCUACAAAGACAUGGCAGACAGAGUUCGGACGCAAUGUCAUUCUUUCGCUCGCGACCAGGGAAUUCUGGCUCAAGUCAGCAGCAGAGUCAAGCAACCAGAACAUCUUCGACAGAAACUCUUAGCCAGGGAGGUCAAAUUUAAGGACGGGUACAAGGACGCAGAACAUAUCGAAGCUGAUAUCCGAGACCUUGCCGGAGUACGAAUCGUACUCUACCUCCCCAACGACAAACCGAGGUUGAACAACUACAUCUAUGCGAACUACGAAGUCAAGCACGAAAUUCAACAUCCCAAAAAUGAGGCCGACAAGAUCAAUUGGGGUUAUCGGGGUAUCCACUACGUUGUCUCACUCAAAAAGGACGUCAAAGUGUUGGAGAAGCAGGUCAAUGUCGAACUGCAAGUGGUUACUAUGAUGCAACAUACGUGGGCUGAAGUAGAGCAUUACUUCUAUUACAAGUCUGCCGGUCAUGGGAAAGUUUCCAAAGAAGAGAGGGACACUUUGAAAUUGCUGGAACAAGUAGUAGGCCUCGGCGAUGAAUACCUGGAGCGAUUAUACAACCUUAGAUAUCCAUCACUGGACCAGGUCAAACAAGAGGUUGUCAAGCAUCACAGAGGUUCAUCCUCCCCGUCGAGCUUAACCCCAGAACUCCCCGCAGCGGAUGGAGAUACGAACAACAUUCCUUUCCCAACUACGCAGAAACUCCGAGCCUUUCUUUUCAAAAGCUUGGGCGAAAUGACAGAUUUGGAAGUCAUAAACUUGGGUCCCGUUGAGGUGUUGUUGAAACCCCGUGUGCUGUCUUGA